GCAAUGCAUUCAAUAAUUACGACGUGUGCUAUUUUAUUCUUAUACUGGCUUAUUUUUUCAACAUCUGUGGAGAAUGCGCAGGAGGUUUCAGAGUCCAUGCCGAGUUGUUUUUCAUUGGAUUGUAUGAAUAAAUAUCAACGUUACUUACUUUUAAGAAAAACAGAAUGGAAUGCCAUUAAAGAAAGCAGCACAAUUGUCGAACUUGAAAAAAAGGCUGAAAUAGACUCGAUAAAUAAUGAACUCUUACAAACAGAGGCGUUCAAAAAUUUGACUUUUGGAUUAAUCAACAUUUUUGGCAAACUAAUUGAUGAUAAUUAUUCGAUUGACAUGUCAAAUUCUUUCCAUGGAGAAACCUUACAGCUUAUAUCAAAAUUUUAUUAUAAUACUCUGAAAACUAAUGGCACGGAUUUUCUGCAGAAAGUGUGGAAACAAAAUGUAAAUGAAGGUGAUCAUGAGCACAAAGUGAUAACGGAUGAUGAUAACUAUGAACAUGAUCCUCAUCGCGAAAAUAUGGCUUCCGACCUAGUUAAUAACUUUCUGCAAGAAGUAGGCGUUGAAGCAGAUCGUUUGGAGAAGAACAUGCAUAAUCAUAAGUUCACAGAUGCUUCUAAGAUGCAUGGGUCUCUUGAUAUGGUUGUCAAAUUAGAAGAUGAUGAAGAUGGAAAAAAACAAAGUCUUGAAUUAUCUCAAAGUGAAGAAUCGCGCCGUCACAGUUCUAACAAAGUAAUGAUGCUAGUUGAUCGUGACAAUAACGAAUACAUUCUUAUGAGACCAAAUGAUUUGUCUAUGUUCUAUGAAGUUGCUGGUUGUGUUCUCGGUCCUGUUGGAUUCAAUAUGACUCAGGAACUUAUUCAAACAGAAACGCUUUCGCAAUUUGGUGUUAUUUUUAUUGUAUUUAUGUUAGGAUUGGAAUUUUCGUUUAAUAGGCUUAAGUCAAUAUGGCAAUUUGCACUAGGCAGUGUUACUAUGAUCUUCACCUUAAUCCUUAGUCUAUCGGUUUUUAUAGGAUUUGUUAUAGGUGCUAAGACAAAUGAGGCGAUUUUUGUAGGUGCAUGUGUGUCACUUUCAAGUACAGCUAUUGUGAAAAGAUUAAAUUGCACAGAACUUGAUCUUAUAGUUGCAAAUUUACCUAUUUCCCGGAUUUUAAAAACUAUUAAAGGGUCCAAUAAACAUGAACUCUUUCUCCUUGGAUCCAUAUCUUUAUGUCUUAUAAUGUCACAUGUUUCAUUUAUGCUUGGACUGGGUGUUGAAAUUGGAUGCUUCAUAGCAGGCAUAUUGAUCAGCAACCAUAAAUCCAUAGCCGAAUCUUCUAUCACGCUUGUAGAACCAGUCAAAGACAUAUUUUCAUGUCUUUUUUUCUCAAGCAUUGGGCUUCAUGUAUAUCCGAGCUUCUUUAUUAAUGAAGGAACAUUGUUAUUUAUUCUAACAAUCUGUGCAAUAGGAAUUAAAUUCGUUACUUGUAGUGUAACUUUAAUGGUAUUUAGGCACACUUUUGAGCGUGCCACCACAAUGGCUAUUGGACUGUCUCAGAUAAGUGAAUACGUUUUUAUCCUCUCCAGUCGUGCCAAAAGUCUUGAAAUUAUAUCGAGGGAGGUAUACUAUGUAAUUUUAGCGGUAACUUCUCUAACUCUAAUGAUUACGCCUAUAUUAUGGAAUAUAAUCUAUAGAAGACAAAAGGAUAUUCCAAUAGGAGGGUAUCGGUUGUUAACCAAUGAUUCGGAUUUCAUAAUAUCAUUACCAAUAAAUAAUGUAGAAAAAGCAGAAUAA